UUCCGCAGCUGUUUUCUCUUGCCCCAUUGUCAGCGUCACAUAACCUCUUUUUCAUUCUCAUUUUUGCUCUUUCUGUUGAAUGUGUUUGCCUUCUGGUCAUCAGAUAUUCGGCUUGGCUAUUUGUAAACGUUUCUAAUUGUAUUAUAGGUUAUUAGAACUACUAAUCACAUAUUUAUUGAGUUGGAACAAUAUUGUACAACUUAUAGCUACAAUGGACGGUUCAAUGUCUGAAGAAGCCAAGCGGCAAACUGUAGCUACCAUGCUCAAAGGAAUUGAAAGAUACAAUCCAUCAAGACUGGAUAUGCUUGAGCAGUAUGUAAGAAAACAAAUUGUUGAUAAUUCGUACGAUCUUGAAGCAAACCUCGCUGUGCUUCAGCUGUAUAGGUUCAACAAGAAUUUUGAAGUGGACAUCACUUGCAAAAUUCUGCUUAAAGCACUUACCAAUUUUCCUCACACUGAUUUCAUUCUGUGCAAGUGUCUGCUUACUCAAACUCUGUGUCAAGACCCCAGAAUUCAAGGCAUUAUUGAACUUGCAAACUAUUUGGAGUGUUGUCGUUUUCAAGAGUUCUGGGAGAAAGUGAACUCUUUGAAGGACUCUACAAUCAAUUCCAUAACCGGAUUCCACGAUUCGAUCAGGAAGUUUGUUUGUCACGUGGUCAGCAUUACGUAUCAGACCAUCAAUGCUGGAGAACUUGCUGAAAUGUUGGGAAACAUUGAUAAUCUGACUUUGAGGCAGUGGGUGAAGAAGUAUGGAUGGGAAGAGACAUCGAAUGGCCUCAUAUUCAUUGCCAAUCAAGACGAUAAUAUCAAAACCAAAAACAUUUCUGAGAAAAUAGAAUUUGAUAGCGUGGUUGAUAUAAUGGCAUCUUCUAUGAAGAAACCAGCAUAAAAGGCCAUUCACUCCAAAUUCAAAAACUUAUACUAAAAAUUAAAAAUUUUACAUUUUUAUUCCAA